AUAGAUACGAAUACUAUCUCAUCAAGUCUUCUCGUUCGCAAGGUGUACCAGUUGUUAGCCCAGAACCUGGUCCUCAUCUUACGACAACCAAAGAACGUAUUUUUGGAUAAGCCCGAGGAUGAGAAUUCCGAGCAACCGUUUUCUCCACCAGUAUACGCUCUCACGUGGAGCGCAAAGUGCAGUGCGCAAUACAUUGUUGGUGUGAAUGCAGCGGGUGGUGCCGUAAUCUGGGAUCUGCAACGUUCUAUUGAUACUCCACAGGUUCUUUUGGACUCUACAUGGUCAUCACCAGUUACAGCAGCAUCGUUUAUAGGACCUUAUGAAGUUGCACUGGCUUUUCGAGAACGUCUAGUUCGUGUCUACGAUGUCCGCUCGUAUGAGUGUUCAUUGGAGGAAAACGCCGUGCGAACAGCAGGCUCUCGCGUGACUUCUCAGCCGCGACUAUUCUCUGGCUUCUUUGCCUUUCAAUCAGAAUAUUUUGCCACCGGUGAUAUACCGACCAACGGUGUUAGCUUCAUUUGUACGGAAACAAAGUCGGGUGGAUAUUUCGUGGUUCCACUUGGCAACAGACAUGGACUGAUGACGUGGGAUGUUGCAGCGAGUUCAGUAAAUGCAACUGUUGCGAGUUGCGGAGUGGACGGAAGGUUAGCUCUGUACACGAUCCUGGAGGAGACGUUGCAGCAUUUAUGGCUUGACAUAUCCUUGAAUUCUGAUCCGCAAGCAUCUCGAACUCGCCUGGAAUAUUCCGCAUUGGAUCUCCGUAUUGAGUCGUUGAACUGUGUGGCGACGAAUCACGCAGCAAGGUUAGGAUUCGUUAUAAUGAUUUAUCUCCUGUUCGUUCUGCCAUUUGUUUUCACCGGAGGGCAGGCGGGAUUGAUGUUCAUCCGGCCGUGCGUCAUGGACACGGAAGUA